AUGCAGCGGCAGAAGCGGUUGACGGGCGGGGGCGGGGGCGAGGUGGGCGUGGCGGUGCUGCUGCUGCUGGGAAGCUGCGCGCUGCUCGCCCACGCCGACAGCAGCAGCGGCAAAAUGUCGGCUGUUAUAAAUAUUCAGAGAUGGCGUUCAAUUGGAGGUUGGAGCCCGAAUGCCUUCCAUCAUAUCAGCACAAAACCAUGCUCAGAAUGUAUACAGUACGGGAAGCAAAACUUCAAGCAGUUUCUUUCACUAGCUGGUCAACUGCACAGGGCCACUACAGGACUUCUGGACUUAUAUUGGAAAACUCUCUAACUGAAUUUCCUGAAAUGCCAUACGGAAAAUACAAACUUACAGUUACAUACUACAAGGGAUUAACCAAGAUUGGAUGUUAUGCCACAAUUUUUCACUUUAAAGAAAAAUAAUAAUGGUCGUAUAUAGAUAAUG